GUUUGUGUUCAAAUUGAUUGUAGUUAAAUUGCUGGUGAUGGAGUUUUAUGCUAAAUGUUAGUGCUUUGUUGAAACAUACUGUACCCUGUAAAAGUCUGUUUGUUGUUUUCCUGCCUGGGAAAAAUGAGUCCAGAAAUUAUCAGAGCUGCUUUGAUUGUAUUUGAAAAUUGAUGAUUGAAAAACAGAGGCUCCCAAAGAAGUGAAACAGAGAUAUUCAUGGUGGCCGGAGAGUUGCUGAGUCGUGUAGUGCGUGUAUGUGUUUACACAAAACCAGAUGGAGCUCUGGUAAUGGUGGAUAGAACCUGUGGUUUUGUUUGCUCUGAAUAUAAGUUAUAAUACCAGCACCCCCUAAAAAGUAAAAACACACACUACACAGAAUUUUAAAACGGACAUGGCUCUGGGGGCUGUCUGCAAUUUUUUUGUGGAUGUCUAAAAUAAGAAUUAAAAAUUAAUCUGUCCUUUAGUCCAGCCAACCUUCUUGAAACAUGUGCAACACUAAAAUAAAUUUUUGUUGUUUGUUCUCUCUUCUGGGCUUCUUUAGUUUAUGAUUCCCAAAUGGCCUUAAAUGCUAAAUAUCAGGGCUUUUCAUACUGUAAUGUAUCACUACAUCUGGUACUACUUACUUAUGGUAGAAUUAGAUUUGAUAUGUUUUGUUUAGGAAUGUAUUGUCUCGUGGGAAUGUGGUGCCAAUGCCAUUUAGUUUUCUUGUGCAGUAAAAAAACCAGUUGGCCUCAUUUUUGGAACCUUCUCUUUUACGUGAAGUGACAGAAUUACUGCAAAACUGCAAAGCUUAUCUCUGUACUUCAUCAUCCGGGGGUGGUGCUUUUUUUCAGUUUCUCCCACCUGUCAAGCUGAUUCCUUUUUCCCUGUUUCUCUGCUUCCGUUAUGGUAUUUUGUCUUCCUCUUCACAAGAAUUAAAGGGUAGGACUCUUUUCUCUGUGACACUUUCUGUUUCUCUUUUGAGGCUCUGUGUCGUCCUUCACCUAUUGUUCCUUCUUCAUUUCGUGUUUGCUUGUUUGAAAAACUGUUAAUUAGCCUUAGAUUGUUCAUAUUGUUGAAAAUUUGGGUCCUUUCUUUCACAUUUGGAUUUCUUAUUGCUCACUGAAAUGUGUGGAACAUUUAGCACUGAGAACGCCUUUCUUACUACUUCUUCCUUGAAAUAUCUAGGCUGGCUUUACUCGCCCCAGUGUUUCUGGAUGUGGGUUCUUUAGUCCUCAUUAUGUCCAUCUAGGUCCUUGUUUGAAUUUGUUUGUUGAAUCUAUAUUGAAAUUUCCCUGAGGAACAUGGAGAAUGUUCAUGACAGAGCAAAUGGAAAUGGGGUGGUUGAAAAUGGCCACUGCACCGCAACAAGGCAUUACGAUUACCAGUCAAGCAGCUGCACCAUCAAGUCUUCUUUAUCUUGGCUUGAUUUGAGGGUUUUUUAUGUCAGACUUUGCAAGUGUGAGAUUGAUGAGUCAAGUACUCCAGAAUUCCUUACCUUCAAUCAUGUUCCUCUCAACCGCGAUACACUUCUGGAAGUAAAUGGUGUUAGGACAAGCCUCUAUUCAGAUGGUGUGUCUACUGUAUUGAGAAGAGAUAGGGUAGAUAAGAAGUCGGAAGAAGUUACCUUCGUUAGUACUGAUAGUAUUAGAAUGACAGGAAGUGUGAAGUUUGAGGUUUUCGAUAAGGAUGUUCUUGUGUUAUCAGGAUCAUUGGAAGCUUGUGACAGUAAUGGAUAUAACGGAGGAGAAUCAAGACAUUAUGAGCAUCACUGGAGUAUGAAUUGCGGGUCGGGUAUACUACACGAAACUGGCCUCAAUCAGUAUGCCAAUUCGGAACAAGGCUCACCAGCUAUCGAAGUAUAUGUGGCCGGUAGUUUCUUGGGUAGUCCAAUUAUACUGACCAAGACUCUGCAUUUUAGUCUAAGAAGAAAGCAGAUGAGGAAGACAAUGCUGGAUUCCAUUCCAGAAUAUGAGGCCAGUGAAUACCAGAAAGAUAGUCCAUCAUCUACCCUUCAAAUGCAGAUGAAAUGGAAGUGUUCAUAGUGAAAGAAACUGCAUUUUACAUAGCAAGAUGAUUCUGUGUUAACCUCUGGCAGUCAUACAAAGCCGACUCUUGAUACUUCGCAAUGAAGGUUUCUGAUUUGCAAUGUAGAUUCGGGGGUACCACAAUAUAGUAUUGCAUUGACUAACAAUAAGAAGGUCGAGUAAAGGGGUUGGAAUGAUCUUGUUUGAUUAUUACACAGGCUGGUGAUUCCCCGGAAUUUGUGUUUCCUCGUCCCGUGUUACUUUAAUAAACUAAAUGGCAGCAUUAUCCCAUUGUUUUCAGUGUCUUCCCACAUGUGUUUGCUGCGGUUUUCUUUACCAUUUGAUCAUCUCCAAGCAUGAAAAAUAGAUUCUUAUGCAUAGUAUGCAGCCAUACAAGAAUAAUAGUAAAUUAGUAAUCUAUAAGGAUCUUAGGAUCAGCAUUCCUAAUCUAGAGCAAGAACCGCGCUAUGGUUUCCGAAAGCCCUUGUCUAUGUUUCUAGUGACAAUCAAUAGUCUGCUGUUAAGAGUUUAAUGCUCCUUUCAGUAACAGCAACACUGUUUCCUUGAACGGUUCAACCAUUGCAGGUUGCAGAGGCGAAUGACUUUAAGCCGGAAAAUGAAGAUUACAACCACCCUUAUCCCCUAUACUUUGAUGGAGAGGAUGAAGAAUUGACUUGGUUUAAUGCAGGAGUUAGGGUAGGCGUGGGAAUUGGCCUUAGCAUUUGUGUUGGAGUUGGAAUAGGGGUGGGAUUAGUUGUGAAAGCGUACCAAGGAACCACAAGAAACUUCAGGAGGAGGAUAUUCUGAAAUAUCUGAUCACCAUGUUUGUUAGUUGUUACUAAAGUCCAGUUUCUUGCAUCAUGAUCUCUGGUGAAGCACGCCAGCCCUUUAUGUUUGAUCGCCUAACCGAAAUAACCCUGUUAGUUUUUGUCUAGAGGUACUUCUCAUGGAUGAUGGAACCAUGUAACAGAAUAACAUAACCUGUUAAUCAGUGUUAGAUCUUCUGUGAGGGUCAUUGUAAUUUGUAAUUCAACUACUUCGUCUUCAGGAAAACACAGUACAAUCAAUCCGUUUUCCUUUUCUGUGGAGUCUGUAAGAAAUGCUGUUUCUAAUGAUCUUUGUUCAAAACAAAAGCAGGUUGAAACCAGUCACAUUUUGACUCGAUUUACA